UUUUCUCGGUCCCAGCACGUUCCCGGGGCGCGGGGCAGCGAUGGCGGCUCCGGGGGGGCCCAUGCGGCUCAAGGAGUGGCUGAUCGCGCAGAUCGACAGCGGCCGGUACCCGGGGCUGCGCUGGGAGAACCGGCACCGGACGCUCUUCCGCAUCCCCUGGAAGCACGCGGCCAAGCAGGACUACCGGCAGCAGCAGGACGCGGCGCUCUUCAAGGCUUGGGCCAUCUACAAGGGGAAGUACCACGAGGGCACGGACAAGGCAGACCCCUCCACAUGGAAGACACGUCUCCGCUGCGCCCUCAACAAGAGCACCGACUUCCAGGAGGUGCCCGAGCGGAGCCAGUUGGAUAUCUCUGAGCCCUACAAGGUGUACCAGAUCGUAUCUGAUGGCACCUGGGCUGCAGAGAAGGAUGGUGACACACAGUCCCCAGCCAAGGACCAGCAGGACAGCACCGUGGGGAGCCCAGAGGAGGAUGCCCACAAGGGUUCAGUGGAGAUGUGCCAAGUGUCUCCAUUGCCCCUUCUCUCUGCCCACCAAACAGAGCAAGGAUACCACUUGAGGGGAGUCUUCUACCACUGGAACCGAACCCACGGCCACGUCCUCCCCAGGCCCCUGCCCUACCCCUCCGUGGAGGACAUCAACCACUCAGACUCCUGGCUCCACGUCCGCCUCUACUACUGUGAUCUGCUGGUGAAGGAGGUGACGACGCGCACGGCCGACGGCUGCCGCAUCACCUCCCGUCCCACAGCGGCCGACAGCGAGCGGCUCUACGGCCCCUCCUGCAUGGAGCAGAUCGAGUUUCCCCCUCCGCGGACGCUCGGGGGCAGCAGCAGGGUGGCCGGGAUGAGCGAGGUGCUGGAGCGGCUCCUGCCGCACCUGGAGCGAGGGGUGCUGCUGUGGGUAGCACCCGAGGGUGUCUUCAUGAAGCGGCAGUGCCAGGGCAGGGUGUACUGGAAAGGGCCCCUUGCUCCGCAUAGGGAUGGGCCCAACAAACUGGAGAGGGAGAAGACCUACAAGCUGCUGGACACGCAGCAGUUCCUGCAGCAGCUGCGGGGGUACCUGAGCCAUGGGCAGCCCAUGCCGCAGUACCAGAUCCACUUGUGCUUUGGGGAGGAGUUCCCCACCAGAGCUGGCCAACACUUCCAGAAGCUCAUCAUGGCCCACGUAGAGCCGGUGUUUGCCCGGGAGCUCCUCCACCAUGCCCAGCGCAUGGGGCCAAUGCUGCUGCGUGACUGCCCCCAGCCCUGUGCCCCCAGCACCUCCAGCCACAUCACCCCCGUCCUCAGGCAGCUCUGCCAGCCCUGAGCCCGGGAAGAGGGAGGGGAGAACCCAGGCCUGACAAAGCCUCCAAGCAGGAUGCUCAUCCUCCCCACAGCCCUGCUCUGGUUGGGGGGUGCUCAGCACUGUGAGGCUGGAUG